AUGUCGUCUUCUAUUGUGCCACUUGAGUAUCCCGAGAGAUUKAUUCRAAAAUCASYAUCRGUGGAAAGAAGCUUGCAUCAMAAUUGCAAGUUGGRUGACUUUGAUAAGAUGSUYGAAGCUSUUGGUGAAGAGGUUUUCAAUGACAUCAUGAAUAAUCAUGGUGUUGGAGUGAUUCUAAAGCUUGCUUUAUCGAAGAUGAUAUGGACUGGGAAGCCUAUCCAAAAUAUCAUUGGGAAUCAAUUGGCCAUUGACAGGAUGAAUGAGAUUUGGGUUUUAGUUGGUGGUCGUCCGAUGAGGUUUUCUCUACAUGAGUUCGCGGAGAUCACUAUGAUGAAGUGUGACCCAUUUGAUGAUCAAGAUAUAUUGGAUGUUGACCACACUGAUUUGUGGAAGGAUAUGAAGGUUGACGCAGGAAUCGCACCUAGUUGGGACGAGUUGAUUGAUGUUUUUGAGGUUUGCAGGACAUGGAGUUAUGAGAAGAGAAAAAUGGUAGCAUUGCUCUUUGUCUUGCACGUUGGAAUAUAUGGGUUUGCUCGUAUUAGUAGAAUCCCUCUCAUGGCUGCGAAAAGAGUGUUGGAUCUACAGGCGUUUGAGAGGUAUUCAUGGGGCCGUGUGUGCUUUAGGGAGCUAGUGCAUUCGAUAAAUGUUGCAUCCUUGGGGAGUGAAAAGUUGACAAUUCAUGGGUGUGUGCAUGUAUUGCUUGUCUGGGUACAUGAGUCGGUUCCUAUACUAGGAGAGAAAUUUGGGAAUAAAAGAGAAGAACCAAUUCCUAUCCUAAGUUGGGGUUCAAGCCGCACUAGAUACAGCUUGGAGAGGGUUUUGGAGGAGGAUGAGGAAACCAAUGGAAAGGUGAAAGUCUACGAUAGCAUAAUCACUCUGUACAGCGAGAACUACAUCAAAGAAACAUGCAAGCCAUACGCAAAGAUGAUUCCGAUGUUGCUAAAGCAGGUUGCACACGUUGCUGAAAGGAAGAUAAUGAGUGAGCAGGCAUGGAAUGUAUACAGGAUCAAAACUAUACCGCAUAAUCAGCAAUCAGGUGAUUGUGCUGAGAUUAUGGACGAGAUACCAGAAGAUGAGGUUGUUCAGUUAUCUGAUCCAAACCCUCGUGCUCAAUCAGAUGAUAAGGUUCCUUUGCAGACGGAUUUUCUACAGUGA